ACAAAGUUAAUUUCCAAUAUGGUUGCAAAGGUUGUUGUUGUACUGUUGCCUGUUGUCAUGUCCCCCCAGUGCCUGUAGUAGGCUUGUGCUGUGAGAAGCCUCACAUCCGACGACAAAACCAACACCCCCUUGUCGUUGUAUACGGACAGUUGUUAUUCAAAUAAUCGACACUAAAAUGCAGUCGGUGUCCGUACAAAUGUACAGGCAUGGGGAUUAGCAGGUAAUUGCUCGCUAAAAAAGUAAAACUGGCGGUAGAAGCGCCCCAUAGGGUAUAAUAGCCGUUUCUAGGUAGCGCUUGUGGUGAAUAGCGUAUUCAACACUGAAGAAUCGAAGGUAGACGGGGCUAACGAAAAGCACCGGGCUCGAGCUGAAGACAUCCUACCUAGCGCGCAGAAUAAAGCGGCUGAAGCUCUACGCGAGGUCUGGGGAUUACAUGGUGUGACAGGCCAACGCUAAUGUGCUCCAACACUCGAGGCACGGGAUGUACGAAGGCAAACACAUCCACUACUCGGAGCUGGACCACAAGCCACUGUGCUCCUACAGUCCCAAGCUGUGCAAGCAGCGACGCCUCAAUGGCUAUGCCUUCUGCAUACGCCACGUGCUGGAGGACAGGAGUGCUCCCUUCAGACAGUGCGAGUAUGUGGCCAAGUACAAUAGCCAGCGCUGCACCAACCCCAUCCCCAAAGCAGAGGAUCGCAGGUAUUGCAACAGCCACCUGCAAGUCAUGGGCGUCCUGCCCAAGAAGGAGCGCAAGAAGAGGCAUGACUCCUUGGAAUCUCUGGCCCUCAACAUUACUGUUCCCUCUCUGGCUCUGAAGACCUCCAAUGGGCUUGACCACCUACCCCCAUCUCCACCCCCGUCCUUACCCUCCUUGCUGUCGCUGGACCCCUUUGGCCUGUGUGGGGGUGAGGCCUUAGUCCAGAAGGAGACUUUGCUGCCGAAGAAACCACCUCAGGGCCGGCAGAACAACAACCCCAAACAGCGGCCGAUCCGAGAGGCCGAGCCAGUCAGGCAGUCUCCCCUGCCAGCCGCGCCCGGCCGCUCUUCCGUUCAUCUCCCUCAGCCAAUGAGCACGCAGCAAAAGCCGUUAGUCCCUCCCACAUCCAUGCCCAUCACGUCUUACUCAGUCGGACUUCAGCAGGGCUUAUGCAAGUCUGUACCACCUCAGACGCACACAAGUUCAGCUUCCUCAAAUCACAAACUAGAACCGGGCCCAAGGCCUGCUCCGAACAGGAAAUCAGCCCCCUCCACGUCUGCUCCUCUCCCCAAUAACACCAAUACCACCGUACCUGGGCGCCUGACGAUAACACCUGGGAGGCUAACGCGGCUGCACAGAGUCAUGGAGGAGCAGUCGACCAAACGCAGCGACUUACACCCACAUUUUGGGUUAGACUGGUCUGAGGACAGUGCAGCAGAGGAUGACGAUGAGGAGGUGGCGAGAGUUGCGUCCUAUCAGUACUGGAGGCUUCAGUCAAGACACUCAGAAGAGAGUGCUCAGGGUUGCAGCUCACGCAGUCAGCGUGUGGCGGGUCUGGCCUCGUACCUGCAGCAGAAGUACACGCACCUGCGGCGGGAGGAGAAGGCCCUGCAUCGCCACAGGAAGUCACAGCGGGCGCUGCGCGUAGCACUGGUGGAAGCAGCCACACAGGACCCCGGCCACACGGCAGAGUUUGUCCCCACGGUGAAUGCAAAGGCCUCAAGUAACAGGAUGUCAUGGAAGCAGGACUUUCAGGCAGGGCUCUGUACUGGCAGCACCAAGGACGAGACAUGUCGGAACCGGGCCCUGCCCUUCACACAGCACUGCUUCCAACACAUUCUGUCGAAUGGCUCUCAGCAGCUCUUCAACAGCUGUACGGCGCGUUUCGCCGAUGGCGCACAGUGUUCCAUUCCGGUCUUUGACAUCACGCACCAGACGCCACUCUGUGAUGAACACGCUAAGAAAAUGGAUAACUUCCUGCGUGGGGAUGUGAGUCGCCGCAUGUACCACCAGCAGCAACAACAGCAGAGGAAGCCCCUACGGAAGCCCAAGCCAGCUGCCCUGACCAAGAAGCACAAGAAGAAGGGCAAGAGAGGACCGCGGCGGCCCCAGAAACCCAUCCCCCCCGCGCUGCCCCAGGGCAACCUGGGAAUGCCCUCCGCACUUAGCGUCCCCCCACAGUCCUCCAGCAUCAGGAGCCCGUUGACCCCAGACCUAAGCACUGAUGAAUUCCCUGAUGACAUCCCCAAUGACAUCAAUGACAUUUCACAUGAAUUGGAGCUUAACCAGGAAGACUUCUCAGAUGUUCUUCCAAGGCUGCCAGAUGAUUUGCAAGACUUUGACUUGUUUGAAGCUGCAGGUAAGACCAGCGAGCUUCUGCCCACAUCAGAAGAGGCAGAUGAGCUGGUGCGCGUGCUACAGGCCAUGGGCUCCUACCCAGAAUCCCUUGCGUGCCUGAGCGGCAUGGGCGACCUGGGUCACCCGGAGGGUGUGGAAUCGCGGGCGCUGGCGGGCGGCGUGGUUGACCUCCUGAGCUCGCGCCUCUCCGCCGACACCUUCUCCAGCCUGGAGCUGGACCCCAGCCUCCUCCACCCGACGGACGACGGCUUCCCUCCGUCGCCGCUGUCCCCUCAGCACCCGCUCACGCCCCCGUCCUCAGUGCCCAACGCCACGGUCCUCUCCGACGGCACCUUCGCCCGCAGGCAGUCCUCGCACCUUGCAGCCGACGGGAGCGGCAGCAGUGGCUGCAACGGUGGUGGGGAAGGCGCCGCCUGUCACAUGGACUUGCACAGGCUGCAGGACCCCACCGCCGGCCCUUGGAGUGGCCUGCCUCUGAGCCUGGCCGACGGGCCUCCCUUUCACAGCCUGGUGGGCUCGGAGACACUCCUGCUGUCUACGGCAUUAUCCACCCCUCCGGCGUCUCUGCCUUCGGGCCCUUGCCAGCCUGCGGCUCCCCUCUCCGCCCUCCCCCAGAGCAGCCUGACCGCCACGCCUGCCCCCUCCGACCUCCUCUUCAUCUCCUCCUGCACCUCCUCUAUCUCCACCUCCGCCUCCCUGCCUCAGGACGUUCUCUGCUCCUCCACCCUCCUCAAGCAUCCCUCGCCCCAGCUGCUGAGCCACUGUGGGAUCCCCAACGACCUCCAGCCGCACCACAGCUCGCCGGCGCCCCCUAUGGACCAAGCGUGAAAAAAAACACAAAACCCUUCCUCCCUCAGUGCAUCAGCCCGAUCUUGGCCACAGUGAAAAGACCGUUAGUUACACCACACACACACACACAGUAUUCAGGGAUCAUGUUACAGAUUAUAAGUGUCAGGGGUCUGUCUGGUAACUUUUCAUUUUUAGAUCAUCUCCUCGUUGGUUAGUAAAGUGUCUUUUUUGUCACAUGAAGUAUAUUAGUAUAUAUAUAUAUAUAUAUAUAUAU